AUGAGUAACGGAAACAACAAUGCGGGAUCUAUUGAAAUUCCGCAAUUGCCAAUACCGGGUGAGACUAAAUCGGAUUUUAACACAACUAAUGGCGUCAGCAUGCCUCAACAGCAGCCCAUAGCGGCUGAGAAGUCUGGAAUGGACUUGUAUUUUGAUCAAGCAUUAGAUUCCAUGGGUAGACAUCCGAUAUGGACAGGCGUUGGCGCUUUUUUUACUUUGUACGUAGCAGCGGGAGCAUACAAAUCCAUAUCAACGAGACUUAAUGGAGGCAAAACAGGUACUACAUUUCUCAAAGGAGGAUUCGAUCCCAAGAUGAAUGCAAAGGAAGCUAUGCAAAUACUAAACUUGACAGAAAAUAAUCUGACUCAGAAAAAACUGAAAGAGGUACAUAGAAAGAUAAUGUUGACUAACCAUCCUGAUAAGGGUGGAUCUCCCUAUUUGGCUACAAAGAUAAAUGAGGCUAAAGAUUUCCUAGAGAAAAAGGUUUUGAGAAAGUAA